AUGUCUCAGUUACCCGUCUUAAUCAUUGGUUGCGGCAUAGCUGGCCCCAUCCUCGCCUUGCUUUUGAAAGCAAAAGGAUACCAUGCAAUCGUAUUUGAGAAAGUUCGGCAACUUGGAGAUGCCGGUGCUUCCUUGAUGCUCAUGCCCAAUGGUAUGAAGGUCUUGGAUUUGGUGGGAUUGGCCAAUGAUAUCUACGCCUCAUCAAUUCCCCUGGAGGCUUAUGAGGACUUUACUGCAGCUGGCGAACCACUGGGAUCUUCAGGAUUGCCUGCCAGAUUCCUGGCAAAGUAUGGACAGCGGGCAGUGGGAGUCAAGAGAACGUGGUUGAACCUCACCCUGAAGAACCGAAUGACGUCGGCCGGCAUAGAAUUGAGAGAGGGUUGGGAGCUUGUCAGCAUUGAGGAGGACACCCACGCCGUCACUGCAUCUUUCACAAAUGGUCAAAAGGUCCAAGGACUCUUUAUUGUCGGCUGUGACGGGAUCAAGGCGGCUUCAAGGCUAUCCUUACUGAAGCAAAUGAGUGUUGAACAGCCGUCACCAACUUUCACUGGACUGACACAAACUUCUGGUAUUUCACCAGCUCCGAGCACUCCUGCUAGGCCGUCAUUGAGGAAUUGGUUUGGUGAAGGCGUUCACUUCAUUUCUUAUCCCGUGUCUCGCGAUCGAAUCUCUUGGGCAGUCACGCUGCCUCAGACUCGGGUAAGCCCAGAAUCAUGGCGAUUGUACAAAGAUCAAGACAUGCAAGAACUCCAGGAUGAGCUGUCGAAAGUGCUGCAAGGAUUCGAACCAAGUAUUGUUGAGCUGGUGCAGUCAGCAGAGAGACUCUUGAAGUUUGGUUUGUUCGAUAGAAGAACACUGGACGCGGACGAAUGGUACAGUGAACGAGUCGUCCUGGCCGGAGAUGCCGCACAUCCCACGAGUCCGCAUCUUGGACAAGGUGCUAAUCAGGCGUUGGAAGAUUGCUAUCAUUUGAGCCAAGCCUUGCCAGAUUGCACCGGUAUGAAUGCGGCCACAACGAAUAUCGACUUGCCGUCUGUAUUCAAGCAAUAUGCCCUCAAACGCCAGCCACGAACAGCAGCGCUGGUCAAAGGUGCCAGAGCUGCAGGAGAGAAGCGGGUGGUCACAACAGGAUUGAAAGACUGUGAGAGUCGAAAUCACAAAGUAAAGGAAGAAUGGUUGGACACUGUCGCCAUUGAGGCCAAAUUUGAUGGCCUAUGCAGAGAACCAUUCAACACAGUUGCUUGA